UUCGCAUACUCCACUUGGAGAAGAGUGUAUUCAGUUGAUUCGAGGGAAGCAGUGUUGGACCAAGUGUGUGCACAGAUGCUUUUGUUGUAUCGUGUGUUCUUGGCGUUAUUGGGAAAUCUCCUCGAAAUCUAAUGACUUUUUACGCACUUCACUUCAAAGGUUUACUCGAAUAUAUUUGAGGGAGAACGGUGCGAUCAAACGAACUGCAAGCGGAUUUGAAAGCCCCCACUAUAACACGAGGAUCAUGGUGAGAGACUUGAUUGGCAACCGAAACUUUUCUCUGAAUGUAAAUGUAUUGCGAGGAUGCUGUUUAGCUAAUGAAUGUAGCCGUUGCCUCCCAGUUUCAAUCGAAAGUAGAGCUAUUUCCCGGAAAAAGGUAGAAAAAUAGCCUUUUCCACGUGGAGGACAGGAACUUGAACGUGGAUUGACUCGGGGGGAAAAAACAUUUGUGCACUGUAAAUAAGCACUGUGCUUCGUUUCAUCUAUCAGAUUCAUUGGAACCACAGGUGAAAAAAUGCGUUUUGCGAGCUCAUUGUUAUGUUGUAAACUUGAAGAAUCCCGGGAAAAUACGACUCUGCUUCGUUUGUGGUUUUUCUUUGCCAUCCUUGUUUCAGAUUCAGCCUGUCCUGACAAAUGCGUCUGUUUCACAUCCACGGUCAAAUGUGUGAACCAGGGCUUAUUCAUGGUCCCGCAACCAUUGCCAGCAAACACUAAAACCCUGUUUAUUACUGGGAACAAUAUUUCUCAUCUCACAGCUGGGUCUUUCCCUGUGCCUCUUGAGCAGUUAACAGACUUGUAUCUCACGGGAAACCAGGUGGAGCUGGUGGGCCACAAUGUAUUAAACAACUUGCCAAAUCUCAGGCUGCUAGACUUGAGUAACAACAGGAUUCUGAAUUUUAGUGCUCAAGCCUUCCCUGAUUACAACAAACUGCUGGAUCUUAACCUCAGCAGGGCUUUUUACAACCAUUCUUUCAUGGAUGAGCUCUUCAGCCUGCUACGGAGUGGCGGAGCCCUUCAACUUACCCGUUUAGACCUGUCUAACAAUGACCUGGUUGUCCUCCCCGAGGGCAUGUUCUCCCGCCUCCCCAACCUCACCAUCCUCAACCUACAAAACAACUCCCUAAUUUUCAUCCGGAACGGGACGCUGAGUGUUCCUCCCCUCCGUGAGCUAGACUUGAGGGACAAUGCCCUGAGGCAACUACCCAACACUACACUGAUGGACUUCAGCCUCAAGCCUGGGCUUCAGGUGCAUCUGGCAGGGAACCCUUGGCUCUGUGACUGCAAUAUCGAGGACCUUGUGGCCUGGCUGAGGAGCUCUGAGCAGGUCACAGACAAGCAGAAUAUGACCUGUUCUGACCCUGAGGUUCUGCGGCAGUUACCGUUGCUCCAGAUAGAGAACUUGGAGUUGGAUUGUACCUUUUCAGGUGAAAUGAAAAGUGUGCUGGAGACCUCGUAUGUCUUCCUGGGCAUGGUGCUGGCCUUGAUCGGAGUGAUAUUUCUGCUGGUCCUCUAUCUCAACAGGAAGGGGAUAAAGCGUUGGAUAUACAAUAUUCGGGACGCGUGCAGGGACCACAUGGAGGGGUACCAUUACAGGUAUGAGAUCAGCUCGGACCCCAGGUUGGCCAACCUCAGUCUCAACUCCGACAUUUAAGAGGACCGCUAUGUGAGCCAGGCCCCCACAGUGACUGAGGCAUUAUGACUUGUCAAGAGCAGGAUAUGCAUGAGCAUCUCUGUAUUUCCGGGGGGCUCCGGCCUGCAACCCCCC